AUGGAGAGUUUGAAAGUCUCACAGGCUUCUACUUCUACCAGAAUGGCUCAUCGAAUUCUUAACCCUAAUAGACCACAUGUCCGAGAACCUCAAGUCCGCAGUGAAGUUGAUGAUACAGAAGAUAAUGUCGGACAAGGACACGGAAGAGUUGAAGUUCAUGGAGGUAAUAGAACUGGCAUUCGGUGGAAUAGAGGUGGAGAUGCUAGACUUGGCAGAAAUGAUGAUGACAUCGAGACAUACCAAAUCAACACCAUUGACGGUGACUUGAGCUCCAUAAAGAUGAAAGAUGAUAAAAAGGUAAAACUUGCUGCCCUUGAGUUUUCAGAUUAUGCACUAAUAUGGUGGGAUGAGCUUGUGAAAUCUAGGAGAAGGAAUGGAGAGUUACCCAUUGCUAGUUGGGAUGAGAUGAAGCGAAUCAUGAGGAAGAAAUAUGUGCCUACUUAUUACCAUGGAGAUCUCCAUCAUCAAUUGCAAAGAUUAACUCAGGGAUCAAAGUCUGUUGAUGAGUAUCAUAAGGAGAUGGAGUUGCUCCUGAUCAAAGCAAACAUAGUGGAGGAGGAAGACCAGACUAUGGCUCGUUUCUUUCGUGGUCUAAACAAGGAGAUUGCUGAUGUGGUUGAUUUGCAACCAUAUGUUGAUUUGGAAGACUUGGUGAACAUUGCAAUUAAGGUGGAAAGACAAAGAGGCCGAAAUAGAUGGGGGAGCAACAGGGCUGCUCAAAACUCCAACAGCAAAUGGGUUUCCAAAUGGAACACCAAGCCUGAUCCUAAAAGGUUUGAAAAGUCUUCAACUCAAAAAGGCAUGUUACCUUCCAAAGAAACAUCCAACUCUCAUGGUAAAAAUGAAUCAGCCCCUAAAUCAAAUAGAACUAGAGAUAUUCAGUGCUUUAAAUGUAAAGGGCGUGGGCAUUAUGCCAAUGAGUGUGCUAAUAAACGUGCUAUGGUAGUGAGGGGAGAUGAGAUAGUCUCCGAAAGUAAUUCUGAUUCUGAUGAAGUACCACCUUUAGAAGAUUGUUCUGAUGUAGAGAUAGAAGAGUAUCCUGUUCAAGGAGAGUCCUUAGUGAUAUUGCGUACUUUAAAUGUUUCUAUUAAAGAAGAGGGACUUGAACAGCGUGAAAACAUCUUUCACACUCGUUGUUUGGUUGGUGGUAAAGUCUGUAGCAUGAUAAUAGAUUCGGGUAGUCAAGUUAAUUGUGCUAGUACUAUUUUAGUUGAUAAAUUAGGACUAGAAACUAUUAAACACCCUAAUCCUUACAGACUUCAGUGGUUGAAUGAUAGCGGCGAGGCAAAGGUAACCAAGCAAUGUAAAGUGUCAUUUUCUAUUGGCAAAUAUGUAGAUGAGGUUACUUGUGAUAUUGUACCCAUGCAGGCUGGACACAUUUUGUUAGGUAGACCAUGGCAAUUUGAUAGGCGUGAGUUUGCGGAUGUAUUUCCUGAGGAGGUGCCAUCUGGGUUGCCACCCAUUAGGGGAAUAGAACAUCAAAUCGAUUUUGUUCCUGGAGCUCAGAUUCCAAACCGUCCAGCUUACCGUAGCAAUCCUGAGGACACGAAGGAAUUGCAAAAGCAAGUUGAUGAGUUGCUGGCUAAGGGACAUAUCAGGGAGAGCCUUAGUCCAUGCGCAGUACCUGUUUUGUUGGUUCCAAAGAAAGAUGGAACAAUGCGAUUUAUUAUUAGUUCACGUGGAGUUGAGGUAGAUACUGAAAAGGUUAAGGCUAUCCAAGAAUGGCCUACACCUAAGAAUGCUAAUGAGGUGAGAUCCUUUCAUGGAUUGGCAAGCUUCUAUAGGAGGUUUGUUAGAGAUUUCAGCACUAUUGCUGCACCUCUAAAUGAGAUUAUUAAAAAGGCUGUUGGGUUUAAGUGGGGUAAAGAACAGGAACUUGCAUUUAACACAUUGAAAGAAAAACUUACUACCGCUCCUGUUUUAAGGUUACCUGAUUUUUCUAAAACCUUUGAAAUUGAAUGUGAUGCUUCUGGGAUUGGUAUUGGUGCUGUUCUUAUGCAGGAAGGCCGACCCAUAGCAUAUUUUAGUGAGAAGUUAGGUGGCGCACAAUUGAACUAUUCCACCUAUGACAAAGAGUUCUAUGCACUGAUUAGGGCUCUUGAAGUUUGGGAACACUACUUGCUGCCUAAUGAGUUUGUGAUUCAUACCGACCAUCAGUCUCUCAAACACUUGAAGGGACAAGGGAAGUUGAACAAGCGGCAUGGUAAGUGGGUUGAAUAUCUCGAAAUCUUUCCUUAUGUGAUUAAAUACAAGCAAGGUAAAGAGAAUGUGAUUGCCGAUGCAUUAUCUAGACGGCAUGAUGGGUUUCUUUUUAGGGGGAAACAAAUAUGCAUACCUAAUUGUUCAGUGCGUGAGUUGCUUGUUAGAGAAUCACAUUCAGGAGGAUUAAUGGGACAUUUUGGUGUGCAAAAGACUUUAGACAUGUUGAAUGAACACUUUUAUUGGCCUAACAUGCGAAAAUAUGUAGAGAAAAUUUGUGCUCAAUGCUUUGCAUGUAAACAGGCUAAAUCUAAGUCCUUGCCACAUGGGUUGUAUACCCCUUUGCCUGUACCUACUGAACCUUGGACUGAUAUAUCUAUGGAUUUUAUGAUAGGUUUACCUAGGACAAAAAGAGGUAGAGAUUCAGUGUUUGUUGUUGUAGAUCGCUUUAGCAAGAUGGCACAUUUUAUUCCAUGUCAUAAAACUGAUGAUGCAACGAACAUAGCUGAUUUGUUUUUCAGGGAAGUAGUCCGUUUGCAUGGUAUACCUAGGACUAUUGUUUCUGAUAGAGAUUUUAAGUUCCUUAGUCAUUUCUGGCGUGUUUUGUGGGGGAAAUUGGGUACUAAACUUUUAUUUUCUACUACUUGUCAUCCACAAACAGAUGGCCAAACUGAAGUUGUUAAUAGGACUUUAGGAACUAUGCUUCGUGCUAUUGUGGGUAGGAACUUGAAAACUUGGGAAGAAUGUUUGCCAUAUGUUGAAUUUGCUUAUAAUCGAGCAGUCCAUUCUUCUACUGGUUAUUCACCUUUUGAGGUUGUGUAUGGUUUUAAUCCAUUAACUGUACUAGAUUUAAUGCCUUUACCUUUGAUUUGGAUCCAUAUGCGAAAGGAAAGGUUUCCAACUCAAAGGAAAUCAAAACUCGAUGCACGAGGGGAUGGACCAUAUCAAGUGCUGAAACGGAUCAAUGACAAUGCAUACAUAAUUGAUCUGCCAGGUGAGUUUGAUUCGAGGACGAAUCCUUUUCAAGAGGGAGGGGAUGAUGUAAGCACGACCAACAACACCAAAAAUGAUGAGCUAGCAUUGCCUCAAGGACCAAUUACAAGGCUGAGAUCCAAGAGGUUGAAGGAAGAUUUGGCGGAUGUAUUUCCUGAGGAGAUGCCAUUUGGGUUGCCACCCAUUAGGGGAAUAGAAUAUCAGAUCGACUUUGUUCAUGGAGCUCAUAUUCCAAACCGUCCAGCUUACCAGAGUAAUCUUGAGGAGACGAAGGAAUUGCAAAAGGAAGUUGAUAAGUUGCUAGCUAAGGGGAAUAUCAGGGAGAGCAUUAGUCCAUGCGCAGUACCUGUUUUUGGGAAUGGUAAAGAUGUUGCUUCAAUUUCUAGCAAUUUUGAGACAUAUAUGCAGCAAAGUAAUGAGAAGAUGGAAGAGAUGGCAAGAAUGAUGGCCACCCUACAAGAGAACAUGAAUCUAAUGAUGAGGGAGAGGGUACAACAGCCCGCACCUCCAGUGAGAUUACCACGACGAAUCUUACCAAGGGGAGGCGAAGAGGAGGUCAUUAGGAGAGCAGCAAGAGGAGGUCGAGGUGAUCAGGAAGAGGUGGCUGAAAACUACCAAAUUGUGACUGACAAUGACCUUAGUUCCAUCAAGAUGAAGGAUAAGAAACAAUUGUAA